CAAGUUUUUGUUUUUUACUCAACUUCUGCAUUCGCUCCCUCACUUUUACAAACCCAGUUAUGCAAAUCGUCAUCACUCCCAGCAAUAAUAUUAAAGUUUUCAACUUUUUCUAAUUUUUAGUUUUAAAUUAUUAGUCAAAGUCUUCGUUUUUCUUUCUUAAAUUGAAUUUUGCAGUGUGUAAUAACUUCAUAUCACCAUUAUAUCUGUACCCUUCUGCAGUUUCCACCUUAUUUUUCUUCACUAAAAACUGUUCAUCUUUUAUUUAUUUCCAACUUUAAACCUCUACUCAGUUCUUUUUUUUUUUUACUUAAAGAUUGUGUUUUUUCUGUUCAAAAGUGUUCGACCUUUAAACCCAUUAUUCAUUACAACUUUUAAGAACUGGGGUGUUUUUGAAUUGUUUAGCAACAUUGUUUUGGAACUGUUUUUAGCUUAGAAUAUGAUGCUUGUUGUUUAAGGUUUAUGAUGAGUAAUAGUUUGGUGAACUGUGGACCUGUUUUUAGUUCUUUGUCUUCAAUAUCAAGUCUUUAUUCUUGUUCCCUACAAAUUUUAGUUUGGUCAGCUGUAAAAAUAUUUUAAAUUUAAGUUCUAAGUGUUGGUGUUUUGUGAAUUUUUUCUGUGAAAGUCCUAUCUUUUAGUUUAAUAGUUUGAAUUCAAGAUCCUGUAUGGUGCUUUGAGUGUGAUUUUGAGUCUUUUGGAGCUUGGUUCAGCUUCAUCUAGCUACAUUUUUCAUGUUAAAUUGUGCAUUUUUAUGAAAUUUUGUUUUUGCUGGACUGAACUGUUGGAAAGAUAAGAGAAUUUGGUUUGAUUUUGGUUAAGAGAGAGUGUUACGUGUAGUAAAUGCAUGGAUCGAAGGGAAGCUAUGGCAAUGUCUGGCUCUGCUUCAUACUACAUGCAGAGAGGGAUGAGUGGGCCUGGAACACAGGCUGGUUUAAAUGUUUCAUCAGGAAUUAAUCCUUUAAGUGCUACAAAUAUGUCAUUUCAAUCUAAUGUUGGAGGGAAUACAAUUGGAUCUACAUUACCUAUGGAAAUUUCAGCAGCGGUUUCACCUCAUGGUGUCAAUGCUGGUGGUGCACCAGCUGUGGCUUUACCAUCUGGUGAGUCUGGAAAAAGGAAAAGAGGAAGGCCCCGGAAAUAUGGACCGGAUGGGAGUGUCUCGUUGGCAUUAUCGCCCUCGGUGUCUACUCAUCCUGGUACAAUCACCCCGACCCAGAAGCGGGGUAGAGGCCGGCCUCCCGGGACUGGGAGGAAGCAACAAUUAGCUUCCCUAGGCUCAUGGCUGUCGGGUUCUGCUGGGAUCGGUUUUACUCCACAUAUCAUUACCAUGGCAGUCGGAGAAGACAUUGCAACAAAAAUUGUGUCUUUCGCACAGCAAGGACCAAGAGCUAUAUGCAUCUUAUCGGCAAAUGGUGCUGUCUCUACUGUGACUCUUCGUCAGCCAUCAACUUCAGGGGGCACUGUCACAUAUGAGGGGCGCUUCGAAAUUUUAUGUUUGUCGGGCUCUUACUUGGUAACUAAUAAUGGUGGCUCCCAACAUCGAACAGGUGGGCUAAGUGCCUCUCUUGCUAGUCCUGAUGGUCGUGUUAUUGGUGGAGGAAUAGGCGGUGUGCUUAUUGCUGCAAGCCCUGUUCAGGUGAUAGUGGGAAGUUUCUUAUGGGGUGGUUCAAAGACGAAGAACAAGAAAGUGGAAGGUUCCGAUGGGGCCAGAGAUGACCAUCAGACAGUUGAGAAUCCCGUAUCUCCGCCUAACGUUCCACCAACUCAGAACCUUACUCCAAACUCAUCAGUCGGUUUAUGGCCCACUCCACAGCCUGUUGACAUGCGCAACGCACAUAUGGACAUUGAUUUGAUGCGCGGGUAAUAAUUCAGAUUGGUCAUUUCAUGGAUGAUGUGUAUAUUCUGCUUUUUCAGCACUCACCGGAAUCUCAUCUUCUCAAGUCCGCCAAUGAGGCUUAAAGUCGGGCUGCCUGAUUCCGGGGGAAGACACUUCUCACUUUAUUUAACCUUUGGCAGACAAUGGAUUGUGCUCAUUUCGCAGCUUAAUGACAAUUAAUUCGACAUAUUAGUGAUAGCCAAUUUAACUUGUAAGGUUUUCAGAUCUUCUCUCUAAAAACUUAGGUGUUUAGUUGCAGCAAUCUGGUAAUUGAUUUAGUAGUUAAUCCAAGAGAUGUAUUUUGAAAGUUUUCCACUUUAGUUAUGAAUGGACAAAUCUAAUUAUUUUAGCAAAA